AUGUUUCUUUGUCUUUGGGAAAACUGUGAACAGGAAUGGACAACUUUGGAAGCUUUGAUAACUCACGUUCGCAAUGACCAUGUUGCGCAAGGAAAGAAAUUUUAUGUGUGUCGCUGGAAAAAUUGUCGUCGAAAUCAAAAACCAUUUAUCAAACGACAUAAAAUGUAUAAUCAUUUCAGGACUCAUACUGGAGAAAAACCAUUCCAAUGCGAUGAUGAAGGUUGUCAAAGACGGUUUUCUCGACUGGAUUCACUCGUAACACAUAAAAAGGUUCAUUCCAACAUCCGACCCUUCCAAUGCAAAGUACCUGAUUGCACCAAAGCUUACUUCCAUGCUCGAUCUCUAAGAAAACAUCUACGUUGUCAUACUGUGCCGUCCGGAUGA